UGGUGCUCAAUGGAUUGGCUAUUACAUUUCAUAUAUCAUCCAAUAAGCAUUGAGUUUCACCAAUCGGUCCAACAAGUGAACGACCUUCGACAUCACAACAUGGCUUCGCAAGUGGACAAGUUCGGCGAUAAGAUGGACAGCAUGGGGGAAACGAUCGACGAGGCCAUGGACAAUCGACCCCAGACACUCUCCGGCCAAGCGGUAGACGUGUAUCGCACCGCCUCAACUGGCCAUGCCCACGCCCUGGUCGACCUCGUCAUUCACGGAGCGGACAUCUCGUUAGAGUUUCUGGACGCGCAGGAGCGCACACCGUUGCUAGCUGCGUGCGCCAAUGGCCAUCUCGCCUGCGCGCAGAUACUGUUGGAGCGCGGAGCGAACGCCGCUGCCAUCGACUUGGACGGGAACACAGCGCUGCAUGUAGCGUGCAUGCAUGGUCGCGUGGAGAUUGUCUCGAUGCUGCUCAUGUCGUCCUCCCACGUGAUGUCUCCAUAUAUACUGAACAAAAAGGGGCAGAACGCUCUGCGGUUGAGCCGCAUGAUCGUUCAAGCCAAGGCUGACGGGUGGCCCCAAGUGGUUCAGUGCAUUACAGCGCUGGAAGAGCGCGUCAAAGUAUUUGAAGGGUGGAUCUACCACCGGUCGCAGUCAAUGUUUGCGUGGCAGUCGUGGGAAGCUCGGUACGCUCUCGUGCUUCGAACGGGCUCGACAUUGUGUUUGGAAAUGCACUUGUUCCACGUCCACAACGGCCUGCGCACGCCCAUUCCCACCCUCGUGUUUGACAUUGACGUGGACAAACCUGUGACGUUAUACCGCGACGGCGACGGCCUGAACCGGAAACCGCUGGCCAUCGGCUUGGAAUCCCAAGUGCUCGCCGCGUUCAACGAACCUGGCUUUGAAGCGUGGGGGACGUUUUUCACUUCCCAUAUGAGUGCUGCGGUGUUCGAAGGGUCAAGACCUCCAGCUUCGGCGGUAGCAGCAACAACGUCGGCUCACCAAAGGUCCCCACCGCCUUCGACCAAAGACUUGAGUGUUCCCUUGGAUCAACUGCACCCACUACCACGUUCUUCUUCGCCGUCAUCAUCGCCUCGGCAUACAGUAGCGUCGGCCCCAGCGUGGGACGAUAUCCUCAGGAUUGAGCUUCCAACACGGGAAAUGGAGCUCGCCAGGUCGUCUUCUACUUCGCCUCGGACUCAAGCAUCAACUGCUUACACGUCGGCCAAGGGUUUGGACGACAACGAUUUCGCUCGAUUGCCAAGCAUAGAUGGAGGACGAGCGCCGACCUUCGACCGUGAUGAGCAUGGCGAUGGAAGGCUUCUAGAUGGACGGGGGCGGACAAGCGACGAGGAAUGUGCAGUAUGUAUGGCACGAUCUAAACAAACUGUGUGCGUGCCGUGCGGCCACGUCGCAGCGUGCCUCCAGUGCGCCCUAGAAAUCCAACGCACCAGUCGAACGUGCCCCCUGUGUCGCACCCCUGUCAAGGAACUGGUCAAGCUCUGGCUCACGCAAUAAGUAUACCACACCCCCCCCUUCAUGUUAUUACAUCCUGUCAGGCUCACGUGAUGCUAUGACAUCCCAAUCUACGAGGGUUUGAACAUGGCAACAAUCGUCCGGAUAAUGUAUUUCCAACCGGC